GUGUCAAGCGGUGACGACUCAGAGUCUAGCUGGUAUUAUAUUAAGGCCCUAUAUAUACGUAAUGACGCGACGCUCAACGCACUUAAAUACACGGCCGGCUUGUUUUCCUCUUUAUAUGUAUUUUUAGGUUAUCCCUUCUUGCAAUAUAUACGUAAUCUUCCAUCUUGGAUGUUCAUAGAGAGUAUAAUAAGGCAACAAAAGCACUAAGUAAAACAACCGGUUCGUUUUCACCUCCACAAUCUUAGGCUUAUCCCAUGCAACAACUUAUACGUAAUCUUCCAUCUUGGAGUUCAACUGUAUGUUACCUUGAAGCUCAUCUCCCUGUGGGCUGUUUUCAGGUAGAAAAAAAUGGGCAUUGAAGAUGAGGGAGAAGAUGUGUUAGAUCGAAGACUAUAGUACUAGUGAAGACUAUAGUACUAAUUAUCGUAGAGCAAGGAGACGAGGAGGGCAGCCAUCGCCUUCACCCCUGUUAGACAGUAGUCGGAGACCUAGUUUUUCGAUCCGGGACACCACAGCAGGUGUAGAAAUUUCCAAUGGAGGAGAUAGUCGCUUGAAAAAUACCAACCAGUACCAGAAAGAUAUAUUACUUUCGAAGACGAGUCGCCACAUGCUGAAUAACAACAAGGAGUCGAUGGCUUCCUCACGACAGCUUGAGAGGGAAAGAGAAGCAAAUGAACGUGCUGCUUUAGCAGCUGCUAGCGCCAAGAAUAAGUCAGGGAAAUUGGACAGGAGUUUGUUGAGACUGUUAUUGGCUGCGUGGAGCACCAUAAGGGAAGAGCCGGAGCUAGCGGAAUUGACCGGAAAAAUUGAAAAUUACACCACCCGUCUGAACUUGCACGGCAUUGGGGAUGCAACUUUGGU